AUGGGCCCGUCAGCUGUGAUGAACGAAGGCCUCUCAUAUCCUGAAAUUCUUGAGACUAUGGCCUGCCACCAAAGUUUAACUUUAGCGGAUGAUCUUAACAAAUCAAUGCUGAAGGCUUCUCAGGUGAAGAGACGCAUAUUUUCGCUAAACACACUCUUUCUCUUUCACAAGGGAGCCAUCCCCGCCAUCUUCCACCACCCGCCGGACUCCCUAGCCGACGCGCCCCAUCACCAUGGUCACCACCAGUUCGCCAUCCCGGUCAUCGACCUCACCGGCCUCGCGACGCCGUCGGGGCGAGCCUCGGUGGUCGGCGCGGUAAGGGCGGCCGCGGAGACGGUGGGCUUCUUCCAGGUGACGAACCACGGCGUGCCGGAGUCGGCCAUGUCGGAGACCCUCGCGGCGGUGCGGCGCUUCAACGAGGAGCCGGCGGAGGCCAAGGCGCCCUACUACAGCCGGGACCCCGCGCGACGCGCGCGGUACCAGUGCAACUUCGACCUGUUCCGGUCGCUGGCGGCCGGCUGGCGCGACACGCUCUACAUGGAGAUGGCCCCGGAGCCACCGCCGCGGGAGGAGAUCCCGCCGGCGUGCCGGGCCAUCGUGCCGGAGUACACGCGGCUGGGGCGCAAGCUCUUCGGGCUGCUGUCGGAGGCUCUGGGCCUCCGGCGUGGGUACCUGGAGGACACCGCCGGGUGCCUGGACGGGCUGAGCGUGGGCUGCCACUACUACCCGGCGUGCCCGGAGCCGCGCCGGACGCUGGGCACCGCGAGGCACUCCGACCCCAGCUUCCUCACCGUGCUCCUCCAGGACGCCGUCGGCGGCCUCCAGGUGCUGCUCGACGACGACGAGCGGCGGCCGGCGUGGGUGGACGUGCCGGCGGAGGCGGGGGCGCUGGUGGUGAACGUCGGCGACUACCUGCAGAUCCUGUCCAACGACCGGUUCAGGAGCGUGGAGCACCGCGUGGUGGCCAACGGCGCCGGUCCCCGGGUCUCCGUGGCUUGCUUCCUCCGCGCCGACGCGUCGACGAGGGUGCUCGCGCCGAUAGUCACCGCCGGCGACACUGCGCGGUACAGGAGCACGACGGUGCCGGACUACGGCGCCAAGGGCCUGGACGGCGUCUCUGCGCUCCAGCGCGUCAGGAUCUGAAUGGAUCUCAUCUCACGGAAUCUGAAUGUAUCCAAGUCAAUUCUUGUGUGUGCUGAUGAUUCAGAUUCAUCAUGAUUCAAAUUCAUCCUAGCAAUGCAGGAUGCAAUCUCUGUAGUAGUACAUGUUUUCUUGAGGAUGGAACUGUGGAUUCAGUUGGAAUUGCAGAGCAGAUAUAAAUUCCCCUGAGAUGAGAUGAUUAUCAACAGAAACAGAAUUACAGACAGUAACAUGAACUGAAAAUGAAUAAACAGAACAGAACAGAACAUACAUCCCCUACAAUGGAAACAUGAACUGCAAAUG